AUGCAUAUGCCCAUCGAGGAUGAGUACGUGCGGGACUUUUCGUUCGAGCCGGAAAUUAUCCUGCGCCGCAAGGACUCGCUGGACAUCCAGCGCGACAAGUACCACCGCAAGCGACUCCACAGUCGCCGGAAGCGGCUGAAGCAAAGCGCACUGCACGUGCUGGGGAAACACCCGGCCCCGGCCAGCAGCCCCGGCGCUCCGGGGCAGGAGCUGCCAGAGCCGGCACUGAGCCUGUCGGCGGACGCUAGCGAAAGUGAAACGGGCGCAUUGCCGACAAGCCUCUCCCAGGCGACGAUGCCGAUCCGGGUUUCGGUGUUCGAUGAUGCGCGACCCACGCGCGCCCUCGAUGAUCUCGAUCCGGCGGACAAGGACGAAAUUCGCCGUAGCGUAGUGGACAUCGAGAUUGAGGAAUUCUACUACAUGUAUGGUCGCUACACGAAGGACCUAGGAGAGUACGCCAAAGAUGAAGCGCGAAGACUCAGGCUUCUUGAACGAAGAAGAAAAAAAGACGAUAAAGCAAGAAACAAGGAGCUGCUCGGGGUGCGGGACAACAAGUUCUUCAAGGCGGCAUCCUGGCUGUGGCGGAACACGUUCGCCCGGCUCGGCGAGGACUGGGUGUUCCUGGCCCUGCUCGGUAUCAUCAUGGCACUGUUAUCCUACGUGAUGGACAAGGGCAUCUCCAUGUGUACGAACUCCCGUGUGUGGUUGUACCGUGAUCUCACCAACCACCCGGUGGCCCAGUAUCUGGCCUGGGUUUCGCUGCCGGUGUGCCUGAUCCUGUUCUCGGCCGGCUUCGUUCACCUGGUGGCGCCGCAGAGUAUAGGAUCCGGUAUUCCGGAGAUGAAGACUAUCCUGCGCGGGGUCGCGCUGAAGGAGUACCUCACCUUCAAGACGCUGGUCGCGAAAGUGAUCGGCCUGACGGCCACCCUCGGCAGCGGCAUGCCCCUCGGCAAGGAGGGCCCCUUUGUACAUAUAGCUAGUAUAGUAUCGCAGCUGCUAAGUAAGAUCAUAACAUCAUUCCAAUCGAUCUACGAGAAUGAGUCGCGCAACACGGAAAUGCUGGCGGCGGCCUGCGCCGUCGGCGUGGGGGCCUGCUUCGCGGCACCGAUCGGUGGCGUCCUGUUCAGCAUCGAGGUCACGACGACGUACUUCGCGGUGCGCAACUAUUGGCGCGGUUUCUUCGCCGCCGUCUGUGGGGCCACCGUGUUUCGGCUGCUGGCCGUCUGGUUCCAGAAGGCGGACACCGUGACGGCCAUGUUUUCGACCAACUUUACCGCCGACUUUCCCUUCGAUCCGCAGGAGCUGUUCGUGUUUGCAUUGAUUGGACUCGUCUGCGGACUUGGAGGUGCCUUGUACGUGUGGGUUCACCGAAAGUACGUUCUUUUCAUGCGGUCCAACAAGAAGAUGAACAAGUUUUUGCAGAAAAACCGCUUUCUGUAUCCUGGGAUUGUGGCGCUGAUCGUGGCCACUCUAUCGUUCCCGCACGGCCUCGGGAAGUUCAUUGCCGGUGAGCUCAGCACCCACGAUCAGGUCCAUCAGCUGUUCUCCAACUUCACCUGGACCAAACACGAGCUGACCGUCGAGCAGGCGGCCGUCGUUUCGAACUGGCGCACGGCACAUACGGACGUGUUUGCGAACCUCACUUUCUAUUUACUGUACACGUUCUUUAUGUCGAUCAUUGCCUCAACCAUUCCCGUGCCAUCCGGUAUGUUUAUACCGGUGUUCAAAAUCGGCGCCGCCUUCGGGCGGAUAGUCGGCGAAGCGAUGCAUCUCUGGUUCCCGUUUGGGGUUCGGUACGGCGGCAUGCUGGCGCCGAUCAUCCCCGGCGGCUACUCCGUGGUCGGUGCCGCUGCCUUCUCCGGUGCCGUCACGCACACCGUCUCCGUCGGCGUGAUCGUGUUCGAGAUGACGGGCCAAAUUACGCACAUCGUACCGGUGAUGAUAGCGGCCCUCGUUUCGAACGCCGUGGCCGCCCUCCUGCAACCGUCGAUGUACGACAGCAUCAUCCUCAUCAAGAAGCUACCGUACCUGCCCGAUCUGCUGCCAUCUGGGUCCGGCAUGUACAAUAUCUACGUCGAGGAUUUUAUGCUGCGCGACGUGCACUACAUCUGGAAGGGAAUCUCGUACCAAAAACUGAAGGACAUCCUAAAGGCGAACAAGGGCCUGCGCAGUCUGCCGAUCGUGGACAGUCCGGACAAUAAGGUGCUGCUCGGCAGCGUGCAGCGCUACGAGCUGAUCAAGAUGAUCGACAAGCACAUCGGGCGCGAGAAACGACUCGAGGUGGCCGCCAAGCUGAUGAAGGAGGCCGAGGAGAAGGCCCGCGAGGAGCAGGAACGGCUGAAGCGCGAAGCGGAAGAGCUCCAGAAGACGCGACGCCCCUCACGUUUCGAAGUCGUUCCCGCGCCGGAUAUUCUGAAGCUGCGGGAACGUGCCAACAACGAAAUGCUGCCACCGCAGGCGCGCCGAGAAUCGAACGCAUCUGCCAGUGGGCCAGUCUUCGGCAGCUUGCAGCCUAAGAAAUCGAUCCUCAAGAAAACGAACUCGUUCACACUGAAGGGCAUGAGCCCGCUGUCCCCGCACAGCCCUGUCCACACGCCGUACACUACCAUUACCGGCACCGAAAGCCGCAUCCGGUCGGCAUUCGAUAUCAUUUUCCGUAAGUCGGCCACCCUCCAAGACGUGGCGCCGGAUCCGGAAAUCGGAUCCAUCGGAACGCCUAGCAUCGUGGGCUCGGAAGUGGCCCCGCUAACGCCCGGCAUCUCGAAGAAGGUGCAGCUGCCGAGGGAGCGUGUGAUCGAUAUGUCCCCCGAGGAUCAGAAGGCGUGGGAGAUGGAGGAGAUGGCCAAGCCGAUCGAUGUCGCGCAUCUGCAUAUCGAUCCGGCACCGUUCCAGCUGGUCGAACGUACUUCCAUCCUGAAGGUACACUCGCUCUUCUCGAUGGUCGGCAUCAACCACGCGUACGUGACCAACGUGGGACGCUUGGAGGGCGUUGUAGCGCUGAAGGAGCUUCGAACGGCCAUCGAAAAUGUCAACAGUGGAACACUGACCCCGGAAUCAGUGAAAGCCAAACAGGAGGAAGAAGCACGUGCCCAAGCCCAGAAAGAAUCGGAAAACAAUAACGGCGUUUCGGUGGACGAUCCGUUGCUCCCGAAGCGGAUCAAUGACGUGUUUAGUGACAAAAAAGUAAAUAGCACAAUCACCUCGAUGGACUCGGCGUUAUCCAACUCGGAUAACUGCUCCGACAUCGAGCUCGAUAACAUUAACAUCCAUCGCAGUGUUUCCUCCAACGAAAGCAAAAAGCCCGGCCAGCAACAGUAGCAAUCGCUGCGUGAUAGCAAUCAGUAGCGAACUACAAUUGGUACAUUUCAAGAAGCGCCAAAAGACACACAUUACACAUUAUCCCUCAUCACGCCGCCAACACUGGCAUUCUCCGCGACAGGAAGUUCGAUCUUGAGUACAUCCUAAAAAAACACACCAAUCCGCGUGGUAUUUAAGGACUUCUUGCCGCGCCGAUGCGCUCAUGCCUCAGUUGUGAAACAAUAGCCACAAAGGACACAUCACGACCCACACACCACGCCACAAAACACACCGCAGAACUUUGGUCCACCGCUCUGAAGAAGGUACACCGUUAUCUUGGAAUGGGUUCUUCAAAGAAUAAUUCCAAGUGACGACCAUGAUUCGAAGGACCGCUAGACCAUCCGCCGAAAGGAGCUACGAAACGCCCAUUCAAUGCUAGUGUUGCAUGAAGUUAAGAUUUCUUUCAAUUGUGAUUAUAUUUUAAGUGUUACGACAACCUUCGGUUCCGUGUGUACUGGAUUAUCAAAUAAUCGAGCCUCUCGGGCACCUUUCGCGCACUCGUAUUUCGUGUUUGAGUGCCAUUUUUACGAUUGUGGAUUCAUCUCUCCCGGUGGUGCUGCUGCCAUUGUGCAUACGACGGAAACGGAACGGAAAAUCUGGAGAUACGGACACGAACAGUCAUUUGAAAAUAAUUGUUUUCCGUUACGAUUUUCAUUAAGUUUGUGAUCCCAUAGCCCGUUUCGCGGUUGCAAAAUGUUAAAUUAUUACGCCACACGACUGAUGCGUUUCUAUUGCGAGAGACAACAGAGGCACACGUGUUUUUGUCGUCGUACGGGCGACUGUAAUUUUAUUUUAUUGUACGUAGGAUUGAGGACCGAAAAUAAAAGAUACACACUGUAACGAACGUACGAAUAGCAA